AUGUAUGCUACGGUAGGAACACUUCCUGAUAUCGCUCAUGUUGUUGGAGUUGUUAGCAGAUUUAUGGGAAAUCCAGGAAGGGAGCACUCGGAAGCUGUGAAAUGGAUUUUGAGGUACGUAAAAGAAACUACUGACUACGGGUUGUGGUUUACUAAGAAUACAGAGUUCAAGGUGGAGGGUUACUGCGAUGCAGAUUUUGCAUCUGAUCGAGAUAGAAGUAGGUCAGUUACAGGGUAUCUGUUUCAAGUAGGUGGCAACACUGUCAGUUGGAGAUCUGGUCUCCAACUUAUUGUGGCCUUAUCAACUACUGAAUCAGAAUGCAUGUCGUUGACAGAAGGAGCUAAAGAAGCGUUGUGGCUUAAGGGAGUGUGUGAAGAUCUAAGCUACGAUCAAGGAGCAGUAAAGAUAAAUUGCGAAUCACAAUCGGCUAUAUUUCUAGCUAAAAACGGUGGAUAUCAUGAAAGAACAAAACACAUUCACAGGAAAUUCAAUUUCAUCACGGAUGUUAUUGAAGAUGGAAGUGUAUCAGUGGUGAAAGUAAACACUAGCCUAAAUCUAGCCGAUAUCCUAACGAAGAGCGUACCUGGGAAGACUUUAGAGAAGGCUCUGGUGUCGGUCAAGGUCUGUAGGUGA